GUGCCUAGGAGCCCCAGUCAUGGACAUGGAAGGGACUGUCUUUUGUUCCCCCAAAAAACUAAGUAGUACCAACACUUUAAUGCAGAAUGCUCAGGUUAGGGAGGUGUAACCAUUUGAAGGCAAAUCAGAUGAAGGAGCUGGCAGGUCCUGCUGGAGAUAUUCUGUCUCCUUAGAUGUGAGAAGAAGCUCUUGGGGUCCUGGAGAGUAGAGUGGCUUUUGGGGAUGUUACUGCUGGAUUGUCCUCUCUUUCAUUCUUAGCAGCAUGGGGGGGUUUCCUCUGAGGAGGAGGGGAAGAAAGGCCCCAAACUGAAAGGGAAACUUAGACAUGUUGUUAACGUUUUGAUUAGUUGGAAAAUCCCCUGAACGAAAUGAAAACCUUCCCGUUUCUUUGUCAAUGUUCCGUGGCAAAGCUGGACCCAGCUCUAAUCGAGGCACAUUUGUGGGUAGCCUGCCUUGCCGCUGCUGCUCUGUCCCUGAGCUGUGGCUGUAGGACAUCGCUCUGCAGGACAGUUGGUCUCCGCCCACAUUCCCACUCUCCAGUAGGCUGGCACUCUGGAAAAAAAUUAGGUUGAGCUUAAGCUUCAGCAAAGGUUCUGGCUGGUCUCUUAGGGAUGUCUUCAUUACAUAGUUAACCUGGACUCUUACCUGGAUUUUAGUUCAAACCCUUUCCCUCCACUACAGUCCACAUAGAAAACCUCUGACCUGGGUGUGGCAGUGCUUUAAGCCCCGGUUUGCUGACCUAGCUGGGGGACAGAACCUGGCUUCAGUUUAACUUGGGCUGGACUCUGCCCUCUUUGCAAUGAGGACACAGGCAAAAAUCACUUGGGUGCUGGUACAGUUCUCCCUGGAGGAUGGACAAAGUCUCCCACAAUUGCUUGGGAAAGAAUCCUGGAGUGUCUCAGCACAGAGCACCAUGGGCCAUGACUCACGUGGGUGGAUGUUCCUGGGCAGAACGGUUUCCCCCUGAGUGGCUGGAAGCGGGAAUGCUCGUGGGAAGGUGCUUUGCAGAGAAAUGAGGAAACCAAGGCAUAACGAGGGGAAGAAACUUCUCCCAGGCUGCAGAGCUGCAGGAUCAGUCCAGAGUAAGGUGCUGCCCAAGAUGAGCUCCUCGUCACUGCUGGAGGACAACUCCAUAGAGCCCCCGGUGCUGCUGACUGACAUCAAGACAGAGCCCCCCGAAGAGCUGCUGGCCAGUGACUGCAACCAGCCCCAGGCCGAGCCAGUGGACCUGUCACUCAACAAGCCCAAGGUGUCGCUGCAGUCCUCCACCCUGCUGCCCUCUUCCAUCAGGUCCUCACCCAUGCUUGUGGCGCCGCCCAUCCAGGCCCCCGUGGUCUCCAUGUCACCCACGGGGCUGGGCUCUUCGUCCGCCAUCCCCGCUGUGCUGUCCCCUGGCUCCAUCCUGGCCUCUACGCAGGGCAGCGGGGGCCAGCAGAUUCUGCACGUCAUCCACACAAUCCCCUCGGUCAACUUGCCCAGCAAGAUGGGCAACUUGCAGACCAUCCCAGUGGUGGUGCAGUCCCUGCCCGUGGUCUACACCACGAUGCCCACAGACGGGGUCACCGCCGCUAUCACCGUGCCCCUCAUCGGCGGCGAUGGCAAGAAUGCCGGAUCCGUGAAAAUUGACCCCAGCUCCAUGUACCCCCUGGAGAUGAACAGCGACAGCGAGGACAGCGUCACAGAGAGCAGCUCAGCCCCCUUCCAGGACCUGCAGAGAGAGUCGCGGUCGCCUGUGGCCCGGAUGCAGCGGGUCGAGUCCCCCGACUUGAAGAAGAGGCGGAUUCAUCAAUGUGACUUUGAGGGCUGCAACAAGGUGUACACGAAAAGCUCCCACCUCAAAGCACACAGGAGGAUACAUACAGGAGAGAAGCCGUACAAAUGCACCUGGGAAGGCUGCACCUGGAAGUUUGCCCGUUCCGAUGAGCUCACCCGGCAUUUCCGCAAGCACACGGGCAUCAAGCCGUUCCGCUGCUCGGACUGUGACCGCAGCUUCUCACGCUCGGACCACCUGGCCCUGCACCGCCGGCGGCACAUCAUGAUGUGAGGGGUGGGCUCCGGCUCCUCCAUCACCCCGCCCACCCCCGCUUCACCGGCCACAGCGAAGAGACUGCGAGACGGGAGGCACCGUCCCCAGCUUGAUUCAGCCUGGCAGCAGGCUGGAUGCCAGCUUGGCACCUGUGGCUGCCCACACCUGAGAAAGCAGACCUCCUACCAUGCACAUGAGGGCUAGAACGAGGCUCUGGAGAGAAGCCUGCUCCCUCUCUUCUGUUCUCCUCCCCUUUCUUCAGUGGCUGGAAAGCCCCGGGAUUCCUUUAAAUGGCACCCAGCUCCUCAUCUGGCUUCGAUUUUUUUGCACAUUGCCUCCUCCUCCUGGAUCAGGAAACACAGAGGACGUCCGGCUCGUGUGAGCACAGCGCCAGCUUGUCCCAGCGCGACUCUGGCCUUGGCGAGCGAAUCAGACUGGCCGGACGGCGUCGCUGCUGGCAGAAGGCUGCUGCUGGGGGUUGGAUUGGGGGUUUGGCUCACGGCUAGGGGCUGGCUGUCUCCUACCAAUGGGCUGAUGCAAUAGGACUCCAUUCCGGUGAAGCUGGCACUGCUGCCUCUCCUGUUCGUUUGGCACGUCAAACAUGGCUUGUCCUAGCUGGUCCGUUAGACUCCCUGAGCUCCCGAGGCACUGCUGGCAUUGGAGAACCUGCCUGGCCUUGGCUUGCUCUCUCUUUUAUCAACACUUGGGUAACUGGCCGUUAACGAAGAGGCCUCAUUAUGUGAGGACAAGGGGUUCGUGGUGUUACCUGAGGAGGGAGGGCCCGAGGAACAAAGAAAAGGGAAAACUUUGCGGAACACAGAACUGUGAUGAUUUUAUCUGAUUUUAGGGGUGGGUUGGGGACCCUGAAUUCUGCCCACGCUGCAGGACCAAGGAAUAGGACAGUAGAUGCGUUUCUAACUUAAACCUAGCAGCCUGGACACGGACUGUUGCAUUUUUCUAUUGCUCUUCUGGCCUGCAGAGGCUGAGCCGGCGCUGCCCUGUGCUCUUGGUGGACUCCUGGGGCACUGUACUGGAUUGUUUUUGGACUUGAUCUUGGGGGGCUGACGGGGUGGCUGUGGGGCUGGCAAUACGUCCAUGCACAGUUGAUUUUUUUUUUUUUUUAAAAGAAUUGCUUUUCCCAUUCCCUUCUGCAGGGGCGGAGCUAAGAACCUGAUGCCUUUCCAGAUGCUCCUUUUUGUGUCUGCAUCUUUCUCUCUGAUGGAUUUGAGUUUGGCAAAUACAGGGAUGGAGUGAGCCUGCCAGACAGCAUCUGUGCUGCCCUCGGGAGAGGGGGCAAGUGCAGUGGCUAGAAUUGGUGAGGGGAGGGAGCCGGGAAGGAGAAGAUCGUCAAGAUGAGGCAAACUGGAUCCUCGUUCUGCUACCAGCCUGGGCUAGGGCUGUGGUGUUCCAGCUAAAGCCAAGAGGCUGCCAGCAAUCCUGGUAUUGACACGAUGUGUAUGCUGAAGGAGAGAGACUGGGGAGUCCCGUUAAAUGUUUGCUGUCCCUGGCUCUGCUUAUCACAUUGUUUCCCCAUUGCUCCCCAGUCCAGCUCAGCACUGAGUUCAUGUGGCCCACCCCCCCAACUGCAUUUCGCUGAGCAGAUUCUCUUUCUUUCUUGCAUCCCUUUAUUUAAGAAGGCUCUAGAUCCAUACAUGCUGACUCUGUGGGUGCUCCAGGGCUCAAGCACCCACUGAAAAAAAUAGGGGAUGGCCACUAGCUGCAGGUCCUGAUUAAUCUUUUGUGGGCCCUGGUGCCUGGACCAUGGCCCCGCCUGUGCUCCGCCCCUGCUCCACCCUGAGGCCCCGCCCUCGUUUGGCUUCUCACCCACCCACAAAAACAAAAGUCAGUGCUUGUGUUUUGAUCGACUCGCCACCCACUGCAGCUCCUUCACGCCUCAGUGGAACCUGGAGCCAGUCCAUAGCAGGUGAGGAAGAGGCAUGUGACCACUAUCUGCCUGUGGGUUGUGCAGCGAGAUCCCAAGCCCUGCCUCUGACGCAGGCCAGCCCCCUAUGAAAUGAUCUCCCUAGGCAUUGCCCCUUCCUCCAAGGGCGUGAACAAGUCCUCCUGCAUGAGGGCAAAUCCCACAGGGCCUGCUGCCCUUUCCACAGCUUGAAGCUGCAGGACGAUUGUUUUGGGUGAGGUUCCAGAUGGGCUGGUAUUUGAAAUUCCAUUUGGGUCACUUUGCAGCUUGCAGCUCCAUGAGGAAGUAAAUUUAUUUCAUCCAAACUUCAAUCAGCCUACCAGGAACACAAAUCUGCCUGGACUUUUCCCAUCCCCCACACUCCUGUUACCUGGGUGGCCUCAGUGUUGCCAACUCUGGCUGUUUUUGUUGUUUUUCUUAAAGCUGCAGGUCCUGGACUCAAGUGACAAUCUCAGCUUUCAUUGAAAAGCAAAGUUUUUCCUACCUUCCCGAUUGUGGAGCAAACUUUGAAUACAUGACCUCUAAAGGCUCAGAGAGAAAAAAGCCCUGCCCCUUCCCCCCCUCCCCCAAAAAACCCUGUUUUAUAAAAAUCUCAUGAUUUUUAAAUCAAUCUCAUGAAUUUUUAUGGGGAAGGGGAUUUGACUCAUGAUUUUUGAACGCUCAGGGUUGACAAUAUUGAGAUGAGAUCUGGGAAGCUGACAGGCCAUGUAUUUUGAUUUAAUUUCUUCAAUCUGCUGUUUCCCGAGCGUCAGUGCAAAGCACACAUGCACACACAACAGAGCACAACAAGAAAGCGAGGAGGGCAAGAGAUGUCAAACGGAAUGUUAGCUCCCCUCUGCUGAGCAGGGCAGGCUUUGCUUUGGGAUUUUUACCAUGAAAUUUUAAAAUCUUGAGCUGUGAGAUAUUUGUACAAAACUGUUUGGCGUUUUUCUACAUGGGAAUAAUAUGGAAAGUAGAUGCGUUUUA